AUGCUGCCCUUCAUUCCUCCGUCCCUCUACCCCCAUCGCAGGAUUCUGACGAGGAGUCCGAAUUCGAGCCUUCGUCAUCCACCUCGAGCGACGACGACUCCUGCACUCUCGACCCCAACGACCACGAAACGGAGACCGCCCCCAGCCCCGACCUGCUCGCCCCGGCCGGCAACGCCAAGCGGCAGAAGACCGGGCGCGCAGUUCGACUGCCGGCGCGCCUCGGCGACGGCAACAGUCUGCUCAGCUUCGCCGGCCGCUAUUUACCUCCGCACGAUGACGGGAGCUCCGAGGCAUCCCUGCCCCACCGCCCCGUCCAAGCUGCCCGUGCGCAUGCCGCCUCGUCUGGUACGCGCCGUGCUGACACCGCAGUCACCGCUGCGGCCUCUUCGUCUGCCAGGAACAUGCCUGCUUCUGCCGGCGCGUACUCCAUGGCCCGCCCGGCCGGGGCUCGUCCUUCUACCCUCAACGACUCCGCCAUUGCCCAUUCCGGGGACAAGGGCGGAGCGGCGGGGUCUGUUUUUCGGCAUCGGCACCAACACGGCCCGGUCUGGGGGUCUGGGUGGUGCUUCGGCGUCAACCGCCGGUGCACCCGCCGCCCGGGCGCACGGGGCAGCAAGCGUCGGCGGGAGCGGUGCGCGCGGGAUCAUCGUCGACCGAGCCUCGACGGCAGAUGAGCUUCACCGCAUCAUCAAGCCAGCCACCCCCUUGGUCAAGGCCGCGCUUUGUGGGAUGCUAAUGUACGAGACGGCACACUCUAUGUACUCGGCGAUCAAACCCGACAGCGACAACGGCAGUGGCAACAACGGAUCGAGGGAGAAGGUGAAGGGAGAGAGGUCUACGAACGGUGUCAUCAACCGGAUCAUGGUCACGUACAGCUACGCCUUCGUGGGCGACGCCAAGAAGCGCUUCUCGGAGGGGAAGCUUCCGAGCGCGAGGAACAACCCCUUCGUCGCCGUCGGCGCCAUGGUCUACCCCAAGGCUCAGUCCGGCGCAAAGACAUGGGAACGUGAGUAG